ACAGAAUUUGAAGGACCAUAAAGGAUGCCUUGUCUCUCCCGUGGGUCUCUGACUCUCUAUCCUUCUUAUUAAGGUCUGUGUAGCAACUCCACCCCCCCCCCCCCCCGGGCGCUUGUCGAGAUUCUCUGAUUCCCGUCUGAAUGCCCGAAUACUGAUGGAUAUGUCUUUGCUCGGCGCUGGGUUUCAGCACACCAACUUCCGCUACUUACCCGUGCCCUUUCCUAUAAUUCCUUCUGUAUCCCUUUCCACCACCUCCCCCACUACCGCGAGAUCAGCCAAGAGGAAUUCCCAACCCAAAACAGCGGCUGCAACGGCAACGACAACGACAACUCUCCGUGAAGAACCACCUAAUAGCGUUAAAAAUAAAAAUGGAAAUGGCUCGGUUACUGGGGUUCAUAAGAGGCGCCACUCCAAGUCCUACUUAGAAAGGCAAUCUGCCACUCUUGAAGUUCAGCAGGCAUCCGACUUGGGCCCGGCUAUUGCAAGAUUAGGAGGGAUUUUGAAGGUGCAAGACAUGAAUGCCAUUUUACGACAUUUUGGAAAGCUAAACAGAUGUCAGGAUCUUUCCCAGCUCUUUGAAUGGAUGCAACAAAGUGGCAAGAUCAACGCUUCAUCUUAUAGCACUUAUAUGAAGUUUAUGGGGAAGAGCCUAAAUCCUGUAGAGGCAAUAGAGAUAUACAAUGGCAUUCAAGAUGAAUCAGCGAAAAACAAUGUCUUUAUAUGUAAUUCUGUUCUUAGUUGUCUGAUCAGGAAUGGAAAGUUUGAUAGAAGCAUAAAACUGUUUCACCAAAUGAGGCGAGAUGGAUUAACACCAGAUGCUGUUACAUAUAGCACGCUGCUUUCAGGUUGCAUCAAAGUCAAAGAUGGUUAUUCUAAGGCAUUAGAGCUGGUUCAGGAGCUUCUGCGUAAUGGGCUGCACAUGGACAGUGUAAUUUAUGGGACACUUCUAGCUGUUUGUGCUUCAAAUAAUAAAUGGGAAGAAGCAGAAAGCUAUUUUAACCAGAUGAAAGAUGAAGGUCACUCACCGAACAAAUUUCAUUACAGUUCCUUGCUCAAUGCUUACUCAAUAAAUGGAAACUAUCAAAAGGCCGAUGAGCUGGUUCAAGAUAUGAAAUCUGCAGGGUUAGUGCCAAAUAAGGUAGUUUUGACAACUUUAUUAAAGGUAUAUGUUAGAGGAGGCUUGUUUGAAAAAUCAAGAGAACUAUUAGCUGAGCUGGAAACCAUGGGCUAUGCUGAAGAAGAGAUGCCCUACUGUUUAGUGAUGGAUGGCCUUGCUAAGGCUGGGUGUAUAGAUGAAGCUAAAUCACUCUUUCACGAAAUAAAGGAAAAAUCCAUCAGAUCUGAUGGCUAUUCCCAUAGUAUCAUGAUUUCAGCAUUUUGCCGGGGUGGGCUUUUGGAAGAAGCAAAGCAGUUGGCUAGGGAUUUUGAAGCCACCUAUGACAGAUAUGACUUAGUAAUGUUGAAUACAAUGCUCUGUGCUUACUGUAGAGCAGGUGAAAUGGAAAGCGUAAUGCAAAUGCUAAGGAAAAUGGAUGGAUUAGCAAUCAGUCCAGAUUAUAAAACUUUUCAUAUCCUUAUCAAAUAUUUCUGUAAGGAGAAGCUGUAUCUGCUUGCUUACAGGACAAUGGAGGACAUGCACAAUAGAGGUUACCAACCAGAGGAGGAACUUUGUUCCACUUUAAUGUUUCUUCUUGGAAAGAAAAAAGCACAUUCAGAAGCUUUUUCUGUGUACAAUAUGUUGAGAUAUAGUAAGAGAACGAUGUGCAAGGCCCUUCAUGAGAAGAUUCUGCACAUUCUAAUAGCUGGAAGGCUACUCAAAGAGGCCUAUGUAGUAGUGAAGGUAUACAAUUUUGGUUUAAGAAUUCUUGUAUUUAUCUUUACCUAUCAAACUAGUGAUUUUUUUUGUAAAACAUUCUCUGCUCAGGACAAUGCAGGGUUGAUCUCUAAGCCUGCAAUAAAGAAGUUCUCUAUUGCAUUUUUUAAUUCCGGAAACAUCAACUUGAUAAAUGAUGUUAUAAAGGCGAUCCAUGGUUCUGGCUAUAAGAUUGAUCAGGGGUUAUUUCAGAUGGUCAUAUCACGUUAUAUUGCCCAACCUGAAAAGAAGGAAUUGCUUCUACAACUGUUACAAUGGAUGCCAUGUCAAGGUUAUGUUGUUGAUUCGUCUACAAGAAACCUUAUCCUCAAGAAUUCACACAUAUUUGGUCGCCAACUAAUUGCUGAAAUGUUGUCCAAGCAGCAUAUGGUAUCAAAAGCAUCGAUAUCUCAUUAAAUGAAGGAUAAAAUUGCAGAGUUCAAGGUAAAUUUAAAUGCCGUGCAACCUUUUGUGAGAUAGCUGCCGAUUUGAUGCCGUUACCUCACUAUGCAUGACACACUUAAUCAUGGCAUAUAUGUCACACUUUUGAAUCAGCGGCAUAGCAAAUCCCCAAAUAUUGUUGCUAGGUGUGAUGUACAGCCACAAGAUUAAAUGAUAUUGAUUACGACCCUGAUGUAUACAACCAUAUUUCAAUUGACAGUUCUGAUUAUUGUAUGAAGAGAACUUAUAUGUUUAACGACUGCAAGAUUUCUCAUGGC